AUGAAUAAAGAAUACAAUACUGUUCGGACGACAUCCAGUUCCGAAGCAUCAGACGAUCAACCUUUUCUUCCCAUUAAUCCAUUUGCUGAACCUAUAACAACAAUGUCAUCUGCCAAUACAAAUCAUCAUGGUAGAGAUGAUGAUAUGAUUGAUAUUGAUUUUCAAAAUACAACUAAUGAUAGAUCAACUAAUAGUGUAAUGAAUGUUGACUUAGUUAAUACACAUUAUGAUGAUUUUCAAACAAUUGAUUGGCUUAAAGAUUUAAUGCGCGAUCGUUUUCGUCAUCGUUUAUUACGUACAAAAUCUCAUCAAUCAUUUUUUAAUAAACUUUUAAUGUAUCAUGAUGCAUGGUCUGGUUGGCUAUGUGUAUUACUUGUUGGUUUAAGUGCUGGCGUGAUUGCUGCUGUUAUUGAUAUUGGUACAAAUUGGAUAUCACAUUUAAAACAUGGGAUAUGUCUAAAUGCAUUUUGGCUUAACAGAGAACAAUGUUGUUGGGCAUCAAGACAACUUCAAUAUGAUAAUGUAAAUUCUGAAGAAUGUCCUGAAUGGUUUACUUGGCCACAAGUAUUUGGUACAUAUAAAAAAGGGGCUGGAGAAUUUUUAUUAUCUUAUAUAAUGUAUAUAUUUUGGUCGACAAUAUUUGCCACAUUUGCUGUUCUUCUAGUCAAAGUAUUUGCACCAUAUGCAUGUGGUAGUGGCAUUCCAGAAAUUAAAACAAUCUUAGGAGGUUUUAUUAUUCGAGGAUAUUUGGGUAAAUGGACUUUAUUGAUAAAAAGUAUUGGCAUGAUGUGUGCUACAAGUGCUGGUCUUAUAUUGGGUAAAGAAGGACCAUUUGUUCAUAUUGCUUGUUGUUGUGGAAAUAUAUUUUCAUAUCUUUUUCCAAAAUAUGGUCGAAAUGAAGCAAAAAAACGGGAAAUCUUAUCUGCAGCAGCUGCUGCGGGUGUUUCAGUUGCAUUUGGUGCACCAAUUGGUGGUGUUUUAUUCAGUUUAGAAGAAGUAUCAUAUUAUUUUCCAUAUAAAACAUUAUGGCGAUCAUUUUUUUGUGCUAUGGUUGGUGCACUUGUUGUUCGUUCAAUAAAUCCAUAUGGUAAUGGACAUGAUAUUCAAUUUAGUAUUGAUUAUUCUGUACCAUGGGCAUCAUUUGAAUUAUUACCAUUUAUUUUAUUAGGCAUUCUUGGAGGCUUAUGGGGUGCAUUUUUUAUAAAAACAAAUAUUUGGUGGUGUCGUUUUCGAAAAAAUUCACGACUUGGACAAUAUACAAUAUUUGAAGUUGUUUGUCUUGCUUUAAUUACUGCUAUUAUUAUAUAUCCAAAUCCGUAUACACGGAUGUCAAUGUCAGAAUUAAUCAAACGUUUAGUUAGUCAAUGUCGUGUAGAAGAUAUGAUUGAUCUAUGUGAUUAUCCAAAUGCUCAAUUUUAUAAUGGUAAAUCAAAAGGAUCAAUAGGAUUAGCUGGUCCUGGUGUACAUCACGCUAUAUGGAAAUUAUUUUUUGCUCUUAUUGUUCAAGUUGUACUUGUAACAUUUACUAUAGGUGUUAAAGUUCCAUCAGGUUUAAUCAUUCCAUCAAUGUCAAUUGGAGCUAUAACAGGACGUAUUAUUGGUAUUAUAACAGAACAAUUAGCUAUACAAAAUCCAACAUUUAUUCUUUUUCGUCAUGAUUGUAGUAAAGAGGAAAAUUGUGUUACACCAGCUUUAUAUGCUAUUGUUGGUGCAUGUGCCUUUUUGGGUGGUGUUAGUAAAAUGACUGUUUCACUUGUUGUUAUUAUGUUUGAAUUAACAGGUGGUUUAAAUUAUAUUGUACCAUUAAUGGCAGCAGCAAUGACAGCUAAAUGGAUUGGUGAUGGUUUUGUACGUGGUGGAAUUUAUGAUGCACAUAUUGAAUUAAAUGGUUAUCCAUUUUUGGAUAAUAAAGAAGAAUUUAAUUUUACAACAAUAGCAGCCGAUGUUAUGCGUCCAAGACCAGAACAAUCAUCAUCAUUAGCUUAUUUAACACAAAAUGGUAUGACAUUUUUAGAAGUAGAAAAUUUAUUAAAAGAAACAACACAUACAUUAUAUCCUGUUGUUGUUACACGUGAACAACCAUAUCUUGUUGGACAAAUACAAAGACGUGAUUUACAAAUUGCUCUUAAAUCACAAAAAAUGCAACGUUUUCGUCUUUCGCAAAGUCUUAUUCAAUUUACAUCAUCAUCCGAAACAACAAUAAAUUCAGAUUAUGAAGUUGAUAAUCAGAAUGAACAACGAUUAACAACAAAUCCAGAAGUUAUUCGAAUUGGCAAUUUACUUGAUCAGGCACCAAUUAUUGUUACUGAUCAAACUCCAAUGGAAACAGUUGUUGAUCUAUUUCGUAAAUUAGGUCUUCGACAAGCAUUUGUAACACGUAACGGACGAUUACGAGGAAUAAUAACUAAAAAAGAUAUUCUGCGACAUGUUCAACAAUUAACUUCGUCUAAUACUGAAACAACGUAUUAUGACAAUUAA